GGCAAUAAAGCGACUUAGCGCCUGCUGAGCGAGCCCCUCCCCGCCGCCGCCCCCGCCCUCGGCCCCACCCCGGGGCUCGCCCGCAGCGGCGGGGCUUUGUUUCUGGGGAGGAGGACCCGGAGCUCUUUUGUUUGGGGGUUUGGUGUUUUCACCACCCGCCCCCCCAACUCACCCCACCCUACCCCACCCUACCCCACCCCACCCCACCCCCCCGCGCUUCUCCGGUUUCCUGAGCUGCGGGCUGCAAGGGAGGAGAAGCGGCGUCUUGCAACCCCCUCGGCUGGGCCCCGGGGUAAUUCGAUGCGGGCCUGGCGAGGCUCCCCACGCUAGACCCGGGCUCGCGUCUCGGCAGCCUCCACCCACCGGCCCACCCUACAUUUAGCGCAUCAUGUGAUCCGGGAUCAAUGUGACUCUAGAAACAAAUGGAUGAAUGAAUAUCCAUAUGAAGAGGAAAACAAUAAAGAAUAUCAACACCUUCGAGAACAGAAUGUUAAUGCUUGAUGGGAUGCCGGCAGUCAGAGUCAAAACAGAGCUUUUGGAAUCUGAGCAAGGGUCUCCAAACGUCCACAAGUACCCCGAUAUGGAAGCUGUUCCCCUGUUGCUAAAUAAUGUGAAAGGGGAACCCCCGGAGGACUCAUUAUCCGUAGAUCACUUCCAGACACAAACUGAGCCAGUGGACUUGUCCAUCAACAAAGCCAGGACAUCCCCUACAGCCGUUUCAUCCUCCCCAGUUUCCAUGACAGCGUCCGCCUCCUCACCUUCUUCAACUUCAACCUCCUCAUCGUCCUCUAGCCGUCCAGCCUCAUCCCCGACUGUUAUAACAUCAGUAUCUUCAGCAUCAUCUUCGUCGACAGUAUUAACUCCAGGGCCCCUUGUUGCCUCUGCCUCUGGUGUGGGAGGCCAGCAGUUUUUGCACAUUAUCCAUCCUGUUCCGCCUUCAAGUCCCAUGAAUUUACAGUCUAACAAACUGAGUCACGUUCACCGCAUCCCCGUGGUGGUCCAGUCGGUGCCUGUUGUCUACACAGCUGUGCGGUCACCUGGCAAUGUGAACAACACUAUCGUAGUACCACUUUUGGAGGAUGGGAGAAGCCAUGGCAAAGCACAAAUGGACCCCCGAGGCCUAUCUCCCAGACAAAGUAAAAGUGACAGUGAUGAUGAUGACCUGCCAAAUGUGACCUUAGAUAGCGUUAAUGAAACUGGAUCCACGGCCCUUUCCAUAGCCAGAGCAGUACAAGAGGUACAUCCGUCCCCAGUAUCAAGGGUCCGGGGAAAUCGAAUGAAUAAUCAGAAGUUUGCUUGUUCAAUCUCACCAUUUAGUAUUGAGAGCACAAGACGCCAGAGAAGGUCUGAAUCCCCAGACUCGAGAAAACGGCGUAUCCACAGAUGCGAUUUCGAGGGCUGCAACAAAGUGUAUACAAAAAGUUCUCACCUGAAGGCUCAUCGAAGGACACAUACAGGAGAGAAACCCUACAAGUGUACCUGGGAAGGCUGCACCUGGAAGUUCGCUCGUUCGGAUGAACUGACGAGGCAUUACCGCAAACACACGGGAGUCAAGCCAUUCAAGUGCGCAGACUGUGACCGCAGCUUCUCCCGGUCAGAUCACUUGGCACUGCACCGCCGGAGGCAUAUGCUGGUGUGAGGAAGGCUCCCUGUCCAGCUGAGCGUAAGAGCUGGAUCUCUUAGCGGCACCCCAUUCAGCAGGGCUGGAUCCCCUUCACAGUGUUAACACAAAAGGGCAUCACCAUCCCACGAUGUCUGAAAGCAGAGCAGGAAAUAAGAAGUGGUAACACUUCUUUCGGUCUGAAGGUAACCCCCCCUCCCCGCCCCCCGUCACGACUACACAAGAAACGACUUCACGCUGGCCUGGGAGAUCGGUGACCCAGAUGCUGAAGAGACAGGCAUUGUUUUCCGUGCUGUGUCCUCUGCCAUUUCAAGAUGUUUGUAGUUUGUACAUUUUCUGAGCUGUCAGACGUUUUGUUAUUGAUACUUUUAAAGGUCAUCUACCACAAAUUGAUGGCUAGAGCAAGACCUUGUAAAUUUGGAUUAUUCUCCCAUCAUCCCACCCCUGAACCCCUUUUUACAAGUAAGAUAUUAAUAGAACCCACAUCCAAUCUGUUACCAGCAAGCAGCCUGAAAGUAGAAAAGAAGAAACUUUUGGAGAGGUUCCAUUACCUGAAAAGAAAGAAGUGCUCAGGCAGCCCUUUUGCAAUAGUGAUGGUGACCACUAGAUAUCACCUGCGACUUGUCAUUAUGCCAUGCCCUGGAGAAAACCAACAUUGAUUCUUUUCAUCUGUUUGUUGUUGAUUGUUUUUGUUUUGUUCCGCUUCUGUUUUGUUCAUCUGUUUGAGCAGAGGGGCAGCGACAUUUCAGCUGGAGUCUAGUCCUGGUGUCUGCCCUAGCGUGGAUGGGCACAGAGUCGUUCUGUAGUUGAAUAGGAAGAGCCUGUCUAAAAAAACUACUGCCCCACUUCAAAUUGCAGUGUUCUGUCAGCUAGGCAUCAUCUCUUCCUGCCCCUAGUAUUCGAUUACAAGGAAUCGGGGGGAAAAAAAGCUUUCUUAGACACACUGGCACCAAGGUAAGAGGUGGGGCGGCCCAGGCAAAGUCAGUGAACAUGAAAAAAUCAGACAAAGCAGAGAUGGAAAUAAUGCGCCUCUUGAGGAGAAAAGCAAUAACGCAUAAAAGGACUCUCCUACAAUCACUUCACUGAGGACUCACGUUACCAAUUUUCAUACUUACUAAAGGGAUUGUAAAAACACCCCAGCAUUUUAGAGGUCUUGGCUACAUUUACAGCACUGAGGUAAUCUUUCUGCUGUUUGUUGUCCUGCUUGGUUGAGUACCACAAUUAAAGAUUAUGCUCCCCCUUUUCUUGUUUGAAAACAGUCAUUUGGUGACUAGAGAGGCCACAGAGGCAUAGCUGGGAAUUAACUCUUGGGCGAAUGGGUCAGUUCUCCUUGGAACUGAGUCAGUGGGAAGGGAAUGCUCCCCAAGGAAAGCCUGACAUGGUGCUAGUUCCCACCCUUGGAGAGAGCCAAGGAUAAACGACUCUCCAAUAGGUUCUUCUCUAUAGAUUUCAUUUUCUAAACUAUACUAGGACUCAAUACAAUGGCAUCUGCAGGGAUGAACCCACUCAUCCUGUGCUGAGGGUGAGAGGAAAUUACAGUCCCGUAAACCCCCUUGAGUUAUGAGCCUUUUUUGCAACUAGCGGAGUCUAUAGUAAACAAAGCAAUACAUCACCAAUGAGCAUUCUUUCAGAAAAAUUAUCAUAUUUUUUCCCCCACUAAAAGCUGAAUUUUUUCAGCUUUCUGUGGCCAAGGGGCUUGGUAAGGUUUUAUUGUCAUUGCUGUUACUGCUCAGAUUUUUUUUAUAGCUUAGAUAUAAGAAGUUGCCAGCAUAGACCUUUGCAUUAUAUUUUAAUUACAAACACUUGAUUUGGGGAGUUGCACAAAUUAACCUCACAAUAUUACUAGCUCAUUUUUAAAGAUUUGAACAUUCUGAAAUAAUUUCUGGUUCUAGAACUAUGCUCUUUAGGAUUAUCUUCUAAUUCAGAUAAUCUUAAUUCUGAUGAAGCAAAAAACUAGAAACAUUGGAACAAGGAUAACUUGCGUUGGAUGGCAUUAAAAGGAAUGUUUUUAACGUUCAAGCAAGAGCAUAAUGAUUUUCAGGUCAAAUUCUGUCUUCAAAAAUACAUGCUUUGUAUUUUCUGCCAGGUCUGAAAAAUUCAUCAGGCAAUUCCCCUCCAACAAGGGCUGCAGUUCUAUGGGUAAAUAGCUUCUGUAGCUACCCAGUAUACUACCCACCAAGCACUGGGUUUUUGGCUUUUUGUUUUUUUCUUUUACACCAACUGGAAAGUUUUACCUGUACUGUAAGCAACUCGUACAUCUCAUUGCCUGUGACCAUUUUGAAUAGAAAGGCCAGUGUUGGUUACCAGUCAGUGGCAAAGAACACAGAGCAUGAUGAACACAGUGUGGUGAACACAGACGUGAAGCCCUCUACUAGUCCUAGAAUUUAGUUGGCAGGUAACAGGUGAAUCACUUAGGUGAAGGGCAGACAAUUUAAUUCUGCUUUCUCUCAUAAGAAGGGCCAGUCCUUUUCUCUGCUGAGAGAUCCUGAGAGUGUUACAGGUAGAAAUGGUUUUUAGAAUUUAUAGAACUGACAGGCAGUGGGAGCUUCCUGAAUGAUAGCUUGAUUUAAAUUUAGCACAGAAUGAGAUGAGCGGCUCCCCUCUAAUAGCAUAGGAAAAAUUAAGGGACUUGAGCUUGUCUGCUUGUCUUCUGAAGGUGGGAACCCAACUGAGACAGUAAGUUUACUGAUAAAACCUGUCAGCAUUACACCAUUUCCCCCUUUUGAUGUAUUGAUACUUCUAAGGAGGGAAUCCAAGCACAAGUAGUAAAUGAAUUGCUGAUGUAGUCCCAGACUGAAACUUACCUGAGGCUUGUCUUGAAACAUAACAAAUAAUCCUUGGUGAAUUUUCUACAAGUGUUUCCCCAUAGAAAGGAAGGUGGUUUGGAAGAGAAGGAAUUACAUUUUUAAGUAAGAAUAUCUUCAGACAUGGAAAAGCCUCCUGCAUCUCAUCUGAUGUCUGUUCUAGCCUGUUUUAAAAAGCACAGUAGAUGAUUAACAGCAGAAAAGGAGUAAAAUCCAAAGAAUUUCUCAGUUGUACCCUAACUGUAAGCAUUCUUUGGUGGUAAAUUUGAAGUCAUUCAGUUUGCAGCUAGGCAUAUGUGUAUGUUUGGGAAUUUAGACACAGGUAGCUAUAAUGGCUUUGGAAGCUACAGUUGACCUGACUGUCUUUUUGCAUUGUAGAGAUUGAUUUCAAGGAAGUUAAUGUUAUUUGAAAAGUUAAGAAGUUCAGACAUUGAAGUUUUAAUAGAUUCCCUCCUCAUAUUCUGAUCUUAGGUUGUUUGGGUAAAGAUUCACACUUCCCCGUCUAGUUCCAGCCCCAUCCCAUCAACUGCAUGUGGACUUUGAGAAGCCUGCUUGAUAACUUGUCUUAAGUUUUAUUAAGGCAUUUAGAGUGAAAUUUCUAAUGGCUUUACCAUAAAAUUACACUGUUGCCUGGAAUUACUUUUAUGGAACACUAUGGGACAUUUAUUUUCAAAGGCAGUUGAAUAACAGUAACACAAACCACAUUUUUUAUUGAAAAAAGAGCACUUUUGUUCACUUUAAAGUUUAAGUGGAAAAUAGAAAGAGGAGCUUCAGGUGAAAAAAACUUGCAAAAUACUACAGUGUUUACAAAUGCCAGUUCUAGAUGAUUAAAAAGGCCAUUCUCAUUAUGGUUGAAAUUUGGAUCAGCUUAUACAAAGAUUGUGUUCAUUUUAUGCAGUUGUUUUAACUUCAAAUUGCUAUUUGUGUUUUCAACAUAAAUACAAUUCUGCACUUUGAAAUCAGUUCAUUAGAGUGAUAACAUAUAUAUGGAUGAAGAUGCAGUAUUCCUUACUCUGUACUUAAUUUAUUAUACUUACCAAAGUUGCAACUGAGUAAAUCUGGUGAGGUGAGGCCUUCAAAUGUAUUAAUACGCCUUUGUUAUAUUGUUAUGACUGCUUAGAAGUGUAGCCAUGAUGUUGUUAUAAAGGUGUCUUAAUGUUUAUAGUAAGGACUGACAGAAUUUCAGCAGUGUUAAGAAUACCAGCAUUCGUGAUAUGUUGAGUUACAGUCUUUGUAAAGGAUUGAGCGUGAGAUAACUCAUGUGAAUCUUAGUAGGCCUAGGAAGCCUUAAUAUUCAUAGUCCAUAAUCCAAUCUCAGAUUUUACUCCUUACUGUUUAAGCCUGUAAAUCUAGGAGGUAAAUGUAUUCUACAACUUCAUUGAUCAGAUCUCUUCCUUCAACUUUUCUGAGGUAGUGCAUUUCACACACACAAAAGAUGUUUCCAUUUGAUUUGGUUUGGUUUAGAAAAGGGGUUUGGUAAGCCAUGUCUUCCAUAUCACAUUUCUCCAUAUCCCCACAAUGCCUUCCACUUACCUGCACUGGCACCCCCAACACAUGCACACCUGUAUACACACUUGUAUAUGCAGCAGCCAGUGGACUAAUAAAUAUCAACAAAGGACUUUUUUAAAAAGAAUGAAUUUGUAAUAAUCCAUGCUGUCUAGAAAUGUAAGUUAUUUACCUUAUUAGGGAAUCAGCUUAUAAUGCUAUAUAUGACUUUGCCUGCAUUUUAUAGUUAAGAAGUGUACAUAAAAAUUUUAAAUGCUAUAUUUUCACAGUUUCAUUAUAGAAAUGUCUGUUUAGCAACCCAUGUCCAUUGGUACUUUAAAUAUGCUAAAUACUGUGCAAUUGCAAUAGAAAUUCAGAUUUUCAUAAGAAAAUGAAAUAGGAUACGAUACUGCAUCUUAAAAAAUAGAGUGAAGAUAUUUUACUGUAUUAGUAACAUAUGUGAUAGUGGAAAAAAGUAUUUUCAAACUCACAAAUUUUACAGAGGUUGUAAAUAGUUUGAUGAAGUAUGUUGGGAAAAAGAGCUUCUAGUUUUCAUCACAAUUAAAAAAAAAAAAAAACUUGUUCAGAUAUGCCUUGUGUAUCUUACACACAAUUAGUGAUAUUGCCAUGGGGACUCUGUUCUGCCUUGUCAGAGCAUACCCCUUGUGCUCCCUAACAAAAUGGAGUGGCCACUUGUCUCAGUUUAGCCAGGAUGGUUUAGAAUGCAGUGAAGUCAUUUUAAGUUGUAGCAAACUGAUUCCAAAUGCAUGCUCUUUGCCUGUAAAGAGAAAAACAGCAGCACAGGAUUUCCUUGUGUUAAAAAGAAUCAUCUAGCAGUUGUUCUCUUUUCUCAGUUACCUUCCUCCUCGAUGCAGUAAUUCUUGAUCAAAACAAAUGCACACCCUCUGCACGUGUUUGUUUUUGUUAAAUCCCAGAGGGAGUUCUUUUAGCAGUAGCUACCUGUUGACAAGAUGAAUGCUAUGGAUAUGGCCACAUGUGAAAUGAUUCUAUACUGGCAAUAUGAAUAAACUAAUGCCCAUUUUCAGAAAUGAAUUAAAAGCUGAAAGUGCCUGUCAAUAAAUUUUAUGACCAAUGAGAUAUUCCUGUACUUUUACACAGCAAUAAUUCUUUAUCAAACUGGGUUUUUCCCCCACCUUUGGGAAACACGCACACAGAGAAAAUAUAUGCACACAAUAAAUUGAAUCUGUUCAUAUACGCCCUCAAAAAUUGUUUGGUGUGUUUUAAAUAUAUUUCAUCUUGCUUAUGUUAGCAUUUCUUAAUUUAAUCUUUCUUACAGAAUAUAAGAACGCCUGUCUGAACUUUAUGAUUAUAUCCGGUAUACAUCCUGGCACGUGGCAUUUAUAGUUUUGAGAUGAAAACUUCACUGUGAUUUGUCCAAAACUUAUGAAGCACUUGUUUGUAGUCCAAAAAGUUUUGCUCAAUUAACAAAAGCCAGUUUAUUAAGAGCAAAACACUAUAGACAUCUGUUUCUUUUCCUUUAUUUUAUCCAGUAAUAUCAAAUGCACAAACCUAUACCUUUCUUCAUUUCCCUUCCCCCUAAUAUUUCCUGUUAUCAUCUAAGAACCAUUUUGGGGUGAAUAUUAACACAGUUGUUUCUCCCCAAAUGUCCACUAAAGUAAAACUGACAUGUAGUAAGCCUAGCCUUGACCAAGGUUUACAGUUGGUCCUGGAAAUGACCAGAUUUACAUUCAGAACAACACAAUAUGUUCCUACCAUUAUUUUGCUGCUAAACGUAAAGUCAUGAAUAGGAAUAUACAGGCAGAUUGUAUGAAGAGACAAGAGCCCUGGAAAUUCUCCAGUCCCAUCAUCUCAGAGCACACAUCCAUCCAAACAAGCUAUCAAGGGGUAUCAGUAAAAUUACACUCUUUCAGAGCCAAACAUUUGGUAAGAGCAAUUUUUAAAGUAUAACUGUGAUUAAACACUCAGACUUUAGACAAUGAAGACUACCAUGAUGGACAGUGUUCUCCGGAACCAGACCGCAGGACUAUUAAACCAUCUCCUGUUUCCCCCUCUACGUUUCAGAACAAAAAAGAAGGAAGUAUGCUAGAUGAGGGUGUAAAAGAAUGAUCAAAGUGUCAGAGUAACACUGCUGUGUUCCUUAAUCGUACUGAAGGCAAGUCUUUUGAAUGGGCUGUUUUCUGCUAGUUGUCUGAAAGUACUAAAAGAACUUGAAAGGUCAAAAGUUCAGCAAACCAUGAAAAUACUAGCUGUUCUUUAGUAAAUCCUUACCAUAUGCCAAGCAGUAUACUGGGUAAUUUUUAGACAUAUCACCUCUCGUGUACAACAGUUCUAGAUUUCAUGGAUGGGAAACCAAGGCGCAGAGAGGGUGGCUGAGUUGUCUGCAAACAGAAAUCACAAGAGUAGGAGUGGAAGUUCACCUCUCUCAGGCUCCAAAGCCUGUAUUCUCCCUAAGGCACUGCUGCACCUGUGUUCCCAAGAGCCAACUUUCCAUAUCUAACCCUUAAGUAGUUUUAUUAGGGAUGUGUAGUCAUCAAAUUUUCCAAAUAAGAUGUAAGGACAUGAUUUGACAGUGGUGCAUAAGAUUUAAAAUCAGUCUUCUGAAAACUCACACAUGGAGAAUCAUGAUAAACAAACACGCCAACUGGCUAUCUCCCUGGACUUCUCACCUGCCUCUGAAAUGUUCGACCUGGAGAUCCAAAAUGAUUUAAACAUUUCCCUACUUGAUGGCAUUUUAGAGCAGAUUUUCUUGAUUCUACGUAUUUCUUUAUAGAUGGAAUAAAGGGUUUUCCACUUGUGUGGACCUUCCAGAGUGUGUUUAAUUUGCAUUUGAAAUGUUACCUCCAUGGAACUAGCUGUUGAAAACAAGAGUCAACUUUUGGCGGUUGUGAGCGGGUUGGCAGUUGGGAACAUUCAGAUGAUGAGCGAGAAGAGAGAACGGAAAAUUCCUUUUCAGAUUUCUCACCUAACAGUACCACCUUGUAAUGUUCUCAGUAGUCUUACAAAUAAUUUGCCUGUAGUAUUAUUGUUAGUUUAAUUGAAUUUUAUCUAGGAAACUGUACAACAUCAGAGAAAUGACCCCACCCCCACCCCUCUUUUCUGUGUAGAGCACAUUCUCUUGACAGUAUUGAUUCAUGGAAGUACUAAUGGACUUAGAAAACAUUUGGAGAAUGUCAUUUCUCAUGGUGUUUCUUUUUCUGAAAAUGAAUCUCCUGAAUUACAAUCUUUCUCCCUGUUACUUGGCUGAGGAAAGAGAUAAAACUUGUGUAAACAAAUUUCCUCCCAUGCUGAAAGCAAGUGUUUCGUGUGCACACAACCCGUUGCAGAAAAGGGCGCUCUCCUCAGUUAAUUGGGUUUCAAAACAAGCAAUAAUUUCUCCACAGCAAAACCACAACUUUAAGCAAAUUGAAAAGAGAUGAAUAGUGGAAAUAGUCACAUCGGUACUUUAUCUUUCUGGAUUACAUCUCUAGAAAUUUUAAAUGUUUGAGACAACAGAGUCUGCCCUUUGUGCAAAGCAAGAGCCAAUGACUCCUUGUGUGAAUUAGUAUAUCUUGCUUUUUCCAAGUGCAGGUUGAAGACAAGGGUAGAAUUUGGAUCAAAUUCUAGUCAAAGUGCUCAAGUAAUCAAAAGGGAGGAUAUUUUAGGGACAUACCAACAUCUUCCCUUUCUGCUAAUGUCAUGCUCCUAAAAUAUAAAACAUUUUAGAAAAUGAUGUUGCCCUACUUGUGUUUCUAGUUUUUCCAUAGCAGGAUUUUGUAUUUACAUGCAGACUACAGGAUGUAUUUUGUCCCUCAGAACUUGAUUAUAUUGGAUGGGUAUAGUUGAACUGGGGCACUGGUGCCUAUAUUCAAGGCUCUUUCCUAUCAACUUGUCUGUCUACACUUUGUUGUGUUUAAAAAUUCAUAAAAAAAAAAAAAAACCCACCAUUCCUACCCCCGCCCUAUGGAAUGGUGGCUGUAUUGUUUUGUUCAUGUCUAUGUGGGACACAUUGCAUCACAUGGCAAACCAACUCCCCGUGGAUGUGAGAUAACUACUUACAAAACCAGCUUGAAAACAUCGUCUUCUGUAUUAUGUCAUCCUGUAUCAUAAUGCAAUUAUGUGUAUCAUAACAUGCUCAUUUUAAAAAAGAGAAACCAGCAAAUUCAUGUUUGUCCAUAGAAGAAUGUACUCAGAACUUUCUGUGUUGUGAAAUGAUGAGAACAGACCACGUUUAAGAUAUACCCACCUGCCACUUAAAAUGACUUAGUUGUAAUUAGUAGUAGUCUAGACGUUGCUCUAGGUGUGUGGGGGUCAGUUCAAACGUCAUCCUCUUUUGAAUAAAUCUCUCGGCGGUAUUUGAAAAAAUACAUGGGAAUAAAGAAAAAUAUCAACUUUGGCCAAAUCAAGCAGGCAUCUUUUUCCUUUCCUUGACACUUAGCUCAUUCUACUUGGUGAUUGGAUUACAAGAGCUGUGUAAAAAAUACAAAAACAUCCUUUUGUUUACAAAACAGUUAUUCUAGGCUUGAAGCCUCUGAACAGCAAAUCAAAUAGAUGUACUGCGUCUGAUUCACUUAAGGUAAUUUUACAAAAGGCUCCUGGGUCUCUGACCCCAGAGAGUUGGAAUACCCAGAGUAGGUCCUCUGCAUUAAAGGAUUAAAACCCCCAACGAUGCUGGAAAGCAAAUGUAUUACUUUCUUAAAUCUUCAUUUGGUUUUCUGUUCAGAGUUUUAAUUGCAAAUGAAUUUAUUUCUCCAGCUUAUCUAAAGAUCUAAUUUCCCAAUAGUUUCCUCUGCAUUUAUAUACUCUGUAGUGUUUAGGCAACCCCUGUUAUAAGUUUAUUAAUAUUAUGUAAGUGUUGUUCUUGUAUUUAUGUAUAGUGUAUGUAUUGUAAAUAUACUCAGAGCUUUUUUCCUUUUACUGUAAAAUGGUGACCUUUUUUUUUUUUUUUUUUUUUGGCCCUACGAUAAUGUAAAGGGAGACCCUCCUAAUGAGAUUCUCUCAGAGGAUGAUUAUUCCAGUCUAUUCUCAGAGAUUUAAAUGAACAAGUGUUAACGUUUUUAAUGGUGUCUCAGACAUAUUCUGUUGGUGCAUUGCUUUUCUGUAUUCAACUUUCCUAUGAAUUGAGCUGUGAACCGAAAUAGAGUUUAAACCUUUAACUGUAUGCAUUUGUAUAAUUAUCUGAAUGAAGGCAUGAAGGUUAAAUAAAGCAUUUUGUAUGGAACGAAACUCCCUAAUUAUUACUAAGGCUGAUUCAGACACUUUGGAAAUCAUAGUUAUUACCAUACUAAUUAAACCUUUGUUAUGAAAAGUUU